GGAUGGUUUUAGGACUGCUCGUUCUCCCUCUAAUGGCCGAGCCCGGUAUUGCAGCCUAGCUCCUCCCUUGGCCGUGACGUGCGGUGGCUGCAGGCUGUGGAAGAUGGCGAGCAGAGCCAUGGCUGUGGCUUUGAGUAGGUCAGCGAAGAUCCAGGCCUGCGGGCUGAGCGCACUGCAGACUAGGUGAGCAGCUGCGAUGAGCCCGUAUUUCCCUUAGAGGCCGCAGUAGCCGGGGCAGGCAGUGGGUAGCCGUGCUGGGUGAGCCUGUGAGCAGACAGCGAGCAAGCUGCCAGCUAAUGGCCCUGUAUGUACUAUGAGAGCUCGCUGUGUUAGCGCCUGGCAGGGACUCACAUUAACACACACUGUGUCUGACCUGUAGCCUUGCUGCCUGCUCACAGCCUGCUAGACAGAGUGUCUGACACUGACAGCUACUGGAGGACCUGCUCAAGGUCACCUGCUCUGAGCAUGGAGCUACAGGCUGGCAGCAUGGGGCAAGGCUCUGCUCCAACUACAACCACAUGCUGUCUGCUUCAGAUCUUAUGGCUUUGUUCAGGGCUAUUUGAGACAUCUUGGCCACAGCACAUGAUUGUUAGUAUACAGUGAGCAGUCAUUUCCCUUUAAGAAUUAAAGAGUAAAUGCUACCCAAAUUUGGACACAAUUGAUAUUUCUAAGGAGGAAGUGUUACUUGUAUCAUAACAAUAUCAUGAGCGAUGGGGGAUGGGCCACAGGCACUCAAGGGGAACCAUAGUUUGUGUCAAAACACUGAAAAAUAGUUUGUCACAGAACUGGGGGACAGAGAUACUGGCAAUCUGGCACUGUGUUGACUACAGUUUGCUCUAGUGGUUAUGGUGCCUUGGCACUAUAAGGAGAUUUUGAAAGAUUUUACUUCUUACCUGGAUUGCACCCGGUGCAGCUACCUUAAUCUACUACAAACACCAGAGAGCCUGAAGUUCCUAAGUAGAUACUUGGUUCUUGUGGAAAAAAAACCUGUAGUGCUAGGAGCGGUGUCUAAUGGACCCCAGGUAUGAAGUAAAGCAUUACUGGCACCAUAACUAGUACAAUGAGCUAUAGUGGUUAUAGUGCUUUCAGUGUUUAUUUCAAUGGUAUUCGUUAGAAUCUGUUUUUAUGAUUUUAUGUACAUGGCGAUAAGACCUUGUGCAUAAAAACAUAUUUGCUAAAUUAGUGUUACAUUCAUAAUGAUCCUUGCUGUAUUUUGUGCAUUGUGCAAUAAUUCCACUCAAUAUGUAGGUAAUUUAACUUUUAUUUGGUAUUUUUUACAACACUCCUUUUGUGUACUACUUCCACAUCUCCACACUGGAAAUUUCCCUAUAGCUGUCGUUGUGUUUUGAGUGAAUGGGGACACAUGAAGUGCACCUGGCAACAAACCCAUUCUGCCCUUCUCAUAGAGAAUUAUUGAAUCUAAUGAUGAUCCUAAAAGAACACUACAGGCAUCAUAACUACUACAUAGUGCUGAAGUAGUUAUGGUACCAGUGGUGCCCUAUGGCUGGUCGCCUGCAGCAUGGUUUCUGACAAUUGUAAACAUUGCUAUUUCUUAGUUUUUGUUUGCUCUUUAGAUGAUGCAUGUACCUUUAAAUGGUCAAGAACGAAAAUACAUUUUAGUGUGUACCGAAGAACUUUGACUAUUGAUACAUGUUUACAUGUUUCGCAAGUUCUGUGACUAUGUUGCCUUUAUUGAUUUUGGAUUUUGCUGAAUGCUGUACUAAGGCAAUUGAAUAUCAAAAAGCUCCCACUCCUGUUAUUGCCUUUUUAAAACUACAGCAAAACUGUACAAUAGGCCAGGGUUUGACACAUUUGGUUUGAAUCUAGGAGCCAGCUAAAAAAGUUAGGAGCCUUUUUUUUUUUUUUUUAUACAUAGAAUGUGACGGCAGAUAAGAACCAUUCGCCCAUUUAGUCUGCCCAAUUUUCUAAAUACUUUCAUUAGUCCCUGGCCUUAUCUUAUAGUUAGGAUGGCGUUAUGCCUAUUCCACGGUCUCUAGUACUGAGUACAAUACUCCAAGUGCGGUCUGCGCUAAUAAAGCCUUAUUUUCAACAACAAAAAUAACAGAUCUUAAAUUUACACAUAAAGAUGACUAAAACCAAAUGUCGUGGGCAUUUAAUUUAUGCAGAUAAUGAAAAUAUUCUGAUGUUUUAUGCAGUGUAUCUGUUUUUUCACUUGACUUUUUCUGGCCAUGAACAUGCCUUGUAUAUUUAGAAUUAAAGUACCAAUACACACACACACACAUAUAUAUAUUCUCUCACAUUCACAAAUUACUUGUAUUAUGUCCUCCCACGCCCUAACUUUGGGAGAGCUGGAGUGGAUGCUUUCCAUGGGGUCCAGUGGAGCUGCUAUGAUCCUGUCAUCUUCAAGCUCUUCUUACUUUGGUCCCUCACGCGCUGUUUAGUCAUGCCAGGGCCAGAGGGAUGUCAUAUCAAGGCUCCCGGCAUCACAACAGGGCGCGCAAGAUAGCAAAGCAAGAAUAGCAGAAUGAUUACAGCUCCCUCACCGCCUGCCUCGGCGGGGGAUUACAACUCCCAAACAUGGCCAGCUGUUAGGACCCACGUGAGCGGUGGAACACAGAGGGCCCGGUCGCAUUCGCUUUACCAUUCAUUCCACCACUGCACAUUGCAUUACGAGCAUAUGCAAGCAGUGUUGAACGGGCUGACAAAUACCCAGGAGCCAGGACAAAAUUCCUAUUUGCCAUGUUGACCUUGCGUCUUGGACUUGUCUAGCCCAGCAAUAAGCAAACACACAAAAUUAAAAUAACACUAGACAUUUCAAGGUGAGACAUCAGAAGAGAAAGUAUGUUCAAAGGGGGAUUUAUUAUAAUAAUUAAUCAUAGGCGUCCGUAACACAAAUUGGAGCAAUGUUCCUGGAAACGCUUUAGACAUGGAUCCAAAUGGUGACCACUAGGGAAAGUGCACCCCAUAGAUGGCACUAGACACACAGUACUUUAAUUUAGGUACUGUAAUGUUCUCUUAUUCUAAAUCUUAAAUAUCGUGGCAUUGUAGUGAUAGUCCUGAAAAAAGCAAGAAAUUGGGGACAUGAGCAGAGGACAAUAUGUCUCAUAGAGGUCAGUUCAUAUUAAAACUGCAGUCGGUAGCAGCAUCUAUUCCUGCAUCAACAUUCAACGUGAGCAAACAAAACAAAUUAAUUCAGACCAACGUUAAUAAAAAUGUAAAAUAGUUUUAUUUCUUGUUCAGGACAUUGGGCUGGGCAUAGAUGGGAGAAUAUCACAGACAGAAGGCAUUAAAGGACCACUAUAGUGCCAGGAAAACAUACUCGUUUUCCUGGCACUAUAGUGCCCUGAGGGUGCCCCCACCCUCAGGGUCCCCCUCCCACCCGGCUCUGGAAGGGGGAAAGGGGUAAUAACUUACCUUUUUCCAGCGCUGGGUGGAGAGCUCUCCUCCUCCUCUCCGCCUCCGAUCCGCCCCGCCGGCUGAAUGCGCAUGCGCGGCAAGAGCUGCGCGCGCAUUCAGCCCGUCGCAUAGGAAAGCAUUUACAAUGCUUUCCUAUGGACGCUUGCGUGCUCUCACUGUGAAAAUCACAGUGAGAAGCACGCAAGCGCCUCUAGUGGCUGUCAAUGAGACAGCCACUAGAGGAUUAGGGGGAAGGCUUAACCCAUUCAUAAUUAUAGCAGUUUCUCUGAAACUGCUAUAAUUAUGAAAAAAUGGGUUAACCCUAGAAGGACCUGGCACCCAGACCACUUCAUUAAGCUGAAGUGGUCUGGGUGCCUAGAGUGGUCCUUUAAUGCAUUUUGUGUCUCAGUGGUUCUUCAUCAAAGAGAUUUUUGACAAGAGCAGAGAAAUACACAUGGGGGAUAUGGACUGAGGUACACAAAUUAGGGACAUUGGCAGAGGCACAAAAACGAGAGGAUAUUGUCAGAGAGAAAAAAACUGAGGAAGGGUUGAAAAAGAGGAAUAGUUUUUUCACUACACUCCAAAUUGAAAUCUGAACUGCAAAGUUAAGGCAACAAAAGCAAAUUAUUGACUAUAGCUUAAUUCAGAUUUAGAUUCUGUACACAAAAUUUUAGUGAAUAAUGCAUGACUAAAUUCUAAAAUAGGGCUUUUUUUUUAUUUUAUAUAUUCAAUAAUCUUACAGUGCCCUUCCUGAGACUGGGCUCUGGAUCCACCCCUGAUACAGUAAACAGAAACAUUCGGUUAUUUCUUAAGACCCUGUGCAUUAUUUUUCCUGAUUGCACUCAUGAAUACAGCAUGAGUGGCUUAUUAUACCACACGUUUACAUAGCAAGUUAGUGUUUAAAGAUUUAAUCGGUUGCUCACACUCUAGAGAGAAUGGCUGAUUAACAGAUGGCCUGAAGAACACUGUGCCCUCACCGUUGAUCGCGUAUGUCUGUUGCUAUGUUCAUUCUCUUUUAGAUCUAUUUAAAGACAUAGGUCAUAUUCUCAGAAUUUAUUUUCUACAUAGAGAAUGGUGCUCUGCUGUGGCUUCAGAUACUGUCAAGAUCAAACAUACUGAAUGUACAGUAUAGAAAACUUUUAUUUGUUAAACUUUUGUUAAUAUUUUUGUGUUAUAAAUACACUUUGAUACUUAGUAACCAGCAUAGAAUAUUUAAAAAAAAUAAAAUUAAAUAAUUCAUUAAAAGUUGGUAAACUCCUGGGCUCUGCUACUGGAAAUACUUAUUCUGAUUAUUUUACUGUCAGUUUGUGUUAUGCAAUAUAUCGCAAUAAGAAUUGAUUUGAGCAGUCUUAUUGGUUUUGUGUAAUAGCUAUUGCUAUUUUUAUCUAUAAUAUAUCCUUUCGCAAACCUCUGGUGGGUAACUAUAUAUAGAUUAGCACAGUUUACACUCGGAAUAUCAACUUCUGAAAGGGUUGUCCACAAAGUGGUCUAUGUCAGGAACAUCCUGCCACUGAAUCAUGGGGCUCGUGAUCUCUAUUUAAAUAAUCUUCCCGUUAUAUGAGCAUUAUGCUCAAAUAAGGCUAUUUUACGCAAAAACAGUCCAUAGUCUUCUGCACAUUUACUUCCAUUAUGAUGUAAUAAAUAUUGCUAUUUGAUAUAUAAUUUAGAUUGGAGUCAGAGAUUGGUAUACGUUUUCAGUGAGCUGUCAUACACUUACAUUUUAUAUACAUUCCACCUCAAAGUGUUUAGAGCCGUACUUCUUAUUUGAUCAUCAUGAGGGCAGGACAGCAGAUAGGGGAAGCACUAAGCUGUAUUUUGUUUUAGUUGUAUUGUUAUAUUUUUCUGUUUUUCAUUUUCUAGUCACAAUUUUUUUGGUAUUUUUUGCUGGCACUUUGCUUUUCCACACUAGCCCAGCUUGAACGCUUCUGGUUGCAUCAUUCUGUUACACAUAUACACAUUUUCUACUGCUCUAUUCUCAAUUUGUCUAUAUGUAUGCAAGGGUACAUGGCAGACAUGUACUUUUUGCAAAUGCCAUUACGCUUUAUUUCCACUUAAUCAUAACUUCACACCUGCCUCAGGCUCAGCCAUACUAACCUCCCUUGGAAUUAAGGUAAACUCACCCAUUACCGGGGGGAGAAGUGAUGUUGAAGAAGAGAAGAAAAUGCCACGAGAAGAGCUGUGGAAGUAUUGUGCGUUUGCAUUAAUGGUAAUAUGUAAAUAAAAAAAGUGGCUGCCGAGGGUAUAUAUUUACGAAAUGGUAAUUAGCAGAGAGUUGGUAAAAAUCAGUUGUCAAACCAACAAGUGAUCGGCCACACUUGUGUGUUUGAGAGACCUUCACUUGUGAUUAUCAUUUAUGUUCUUGUUGUAACAAAGUGCUAACAAUGAUUGUCAUGUGUAUAUAUAUAUAUUAACAGGGGGCUUGCCUUGUCCAGUCAAAAAGCCAAAGAAGACAGCUGGCUGCGUUCCCUCUUUGUACGUAAAGUAGAUCCUCGCAAAGAUGCACACUCAAAUCUCCUGGCUAAAAGGGAAACCAGUAACCUGUAUAAAAUACAAUGUAAGUAUUGGCUUGUUCCACAUCUCAACAUUAGUUAGGAAUUUGGCUUUGUUAAUUUACAAAUAUGGGAAAUAUUUAAACAAUUUGUUUAUUGAAUUUCCUCUUUGUGGAUUUGUAGUGAUAUAUAAUUCCCAUAAAAAAAAACUGUGAAACAUGCUAUUAUUUGUCCUUCUCACGCCACUACUAUUGCAGCGUGAGUUUGGAAGGGCAUCAGCAUAUAGUUAAAUACACUUACCGGUAAGUGAUCUUAGUAAUCUGAUAGAUGCCUUAGGAUAUGUGCUGCCCCUGCUAUUGCUGUUCAAUAAGACUAUGUUCCAUAUCAAUCUUGUUUUCUAAUUUCAGUUCACAAUGUGAAACCAGAGUGCCUAGAUGCUUACAAUAAGCUGUGGUAAGUUAUAAAAGCUGUAAUGUAUAUGUGGCAAGUGAUUAGUAGUGAUUCAUAGUUUUAUAUUAACAUAUUUCCAUAUAUUGCUGGCUCAAGGCAUGGACUAAUUUUCAUUUAGAUUAUUUUCCCCAUGAAGUGUUGUAUAAACUAGUGCCUUUAAAGGGACACUCCAGGCACCCAGACAACUUCUGCCCAUUGGAGUGGUCUGGGUGCCAACUCCCACUACCCUUAACCCUGCAGCUGUAAUUAUUGCUGUUUUUAUAAACUGCAAUAAUUACCUUGCAGGGUUAACUCCUCCUCUAGUAGCUGUCUAGAGGGCACUUCGUGAUUCAUAGCACAGGUUUUCUGUGCUAUAGCGUCGCUGGACGUCCUCACGCUGUGUGAGGACCUUCAGCGUCGCUAAAAUCCCCAUAGGAAAGCAUUGAAAGCAUUUUCAAAGCUUUCCUAUGGAGAAGUCUAAUGCGCGGAUGACGUGGGGACGGGAAGGAGCGUGGGCGGACCAAGAAGCAGCGGCGAGGGACAUCGUCACUGCCUCUGGUAAGUCACUGAAGGGGUUUUGACCCCUUCAGCAACCGGGGAUGGGAGGUGGGAAGGAGAGGGGCCCUGCAGUGGAGUGUCCCUUUAACCGAAACAUAUGAGAGAAAAUGCAUUUGUAAUAUGAUUUCUAUGUAUCUUUGCUUUUGAGAUAUAUGUAUGUGUGUGUGUGUGUGUGUGUGUGUGCGUGCGCGCAGUGGUGUAUUCUGGCUUUGUGCUUCCCUAGGCAUGACAAAACUUUGGCAUAACCCCCCUUCCCCACUCCAAAUAUCUCUUCCUGACAGACACAUGCCCUCACUGAUACAUGCACUGACAUACUUACUUACAGUUAUUGUCACACACACUGUUUAACCAACACACACUUUCACUGAAACAUUCACAGAAAUACACACACACACACACACACACACACACACACAUAUUGAGACACACACAUACACUAACUGACAGACACGUGCACACUCACUCAGUGCCAGACACACACACAGGGACACUCUCACUGACAGAUACACACACACUGACACACGUUUACAUACACUGACACACAUUCAGUGACAGAUAUUUAUACACUCUCACUGACACAUACACUCUCACUGACACACUCUCACUAGCGGGCACGCGCUCUCUCUCACUAGCAGACAGACACAGGCUCCCUCUCACUCUCACUAACAGGCGCGCGCGCAUGCACACUCACAAUUUAAAAUGAAAAUUUUUUGAAUUCAAUCCACCCAGCCUUUUACCUUUAGGAGUGCUGGAGUGGAUUCUUCCCAGUGGGGCUGGCUGCAGCUUGGCUGGCGGGCGGGCAGGCACAGAGUGAAGGCAAGUGGUGAGGGAGCAAUGACCUUCCCUGCUCAGCUCUCUCGCGCACCUCUUAGUGAUGCCGGGCCGGAGUGACAUAGUUAGUGAUAGAUAUAUAUCUAUCUGUGUGUAUGUAUCAUGUGAGGAAGACUUUUUUUUUUUGUGAAUGCCAGUGACAAUUCUAAGCAUAUCAACACAAAUGUCCAUACUAUCAUUGCAUCCUUGACAAAAGAAUGCUGAUCUCAAAAACCUGUAAUGAUAAUGCCGUGUGUUGAGUAAUGUAUUUGUUAUAAUGUACAGUAUUUAGACUCUUGUGAAUAUUUUAUACACUAUUUUUGUUUUUAAGUGAGGAAGUGUUGCCAAAAAUUCACCAAGAGAACGACUACCCAUGUACUUUGGUGGGUACGUGGAAUACAUGGUAUGGGGAGCAGGACCAGGCUGGUACGUAGCAGGAAAUAUUAAACAUGCUACAGAACGUGAAGCAAAGAAUACCAUUUCAUGACUAUAAUGUGAAUAAAACCCUUAAGGUUGUAGCAGAGCUUCUGAAACUAUUGGGGUAAACUAAUUUUUCAAUACCAAUCAUUGAAAAGGGAAUAGGUUAAUCAAUUUGCAUAAUCAUAACUUAAGAGACAUCCCUUCACUUAAUUGAAAUAUCCUGUAAAACCAAUAUGAUGUCAAAAUUCUGGAAAGGUACAAUUUUAUGUUUUUCCUUAUGGUUUUAGUCCACCUUUGGCGGUACGAAGGAGGUUAUCCUGCACUGACAGAAGUCAUGAGUAAACUCAGAAAAAACAAGGUGAGACCUGAAUUAUCACUCAAUCUGCGCUCUGAAAUAGUGUGUAUACUCGAUAAUUUAGCUCUCACAAAUGCUGAUAAAUAAUACUAUGGUUUCAGACAUUUACUUGCACAGCCACCAUAAAGGAAACCACCGGGCACUGGAUAAUCCCAAAGUCUUCUUUCCAACUGCAUUUAGUCAUUCCACUUCUCUGAGUUUCUUUAAACAGGAAGCCUCAGACUACUGCUAGAAACUUACUUCUUUUUCUCAAGCUGUUUUUAUGAAUGGGGGGCUAUUUAUUGACUUAGAGUGUCAGCAGGCUCAAUAUGUUUAGCAAAGCUGCCAUCAAAAACAGGGUGUUCAACUGACAAAUUCAACAUACAACUGAAAAGGAGUGGUUGUUAACUUGUAAGUCCACUGUAUUCCUAAAACUUUACUUUUAUUAGUUUAAUUAUAAACUGAAUCACAUAGUAUCAGUAUGUAUACACACAGAUUUAAAUGGAAUAAUCUAGGCACCGGAACAACUUUAGCUUAAUGAAGCAGAUUUGGUGUGUAGAUCAUGCUCCUGUUAUCUCACAGCUCAAUUCCCUGUUAUUUAGGAGUUAAAUCACUUUGUUUAUACAGCCCUAGCCACACCUCCCUGCAUGUGGCUUGCACAGCCUUACUAAACACUUCCUGAAAAUGAAUCUAGAUAUUAAAGGUUCCUGUAUUGCACAGUCUGUUUAAUCUAGAAUUUCCUGUCUCCUGCUCUGUUAAUAACAUCAUAGACCUGCCUGUGUGUGAUUAAAGUUUAUUUUAUAGACCAGGAGAUAAAAACUUCUUAAAGGGACACUAUAGUCACCAGAACAACUACAGCUUAUUGUAUUUGUUCUGGUGAGUAUAAUCCUUCCCUUCAGACUUUUUGCUGUAAACCCUGUCUUUUAAGAAAAAAGGCAGUGUUUACAUAACAGCCUAGGGAUGCCUCCACUGGCCACUCCUCAGAUAGCUACUAUAGGUGCUUCCUGGGGUAGUGCUGCACAGUGUGACUGACACCCUCUGUAUGCAGACACUGAACUUUCCUCAUAGAGAUGCAUUGAUUCAAUGCAUUUCUAUGAGGAGAUGUUGAUUGGACAUGGCUGUGUUUGGCUUGUGUUGGCACUGCCCCUGAUCUGCCUCCUUGACAAGCUCAGCCAAUCCAAUGCUUUCCUUUGUGAAAGUGUUGUUAUUGGCUCAGAACACCACUUCUGAUGUCAGCCAACCAGGAAGAUCAGGGGCCGAACCAGCAGCAGCAGACUGAAAUAAAAAUAAGAUUUUGCUAUGUUUAGGUGGUGCAGGGGGGGCUAGAUGGUUAUUUUAACACUAUAAGAUCAGAAUACAUGUGUUCCUAACCAUAUAGUGUUACAUAGUUACAUAGCUGAAAAGAGACUUGCAUCCAUCAAGUUCAGCCUUCCUCACAUUAGUUUUUUUGCUGUUGAUCCAAAAGAAGGCAAAAAACCCAGUUUGAAGCACAAUUUUGCAACAAGCUAGGAAAAAAAAUCCUUCUUGACCCCAGAAUGGCAGUCAGAUUUAUCCUUGGAUCAAGCAGUUGGUUCCUUUAAGCAAGUUAACAUCUGAUUGAAAAUCACAAAUUUGUUUUUCAUCAUGCAGGCUUUGUCAGUCACUUCCAGAGGAUGUGUGGCUAGGGCUCCAUGAACACAAACAAAAGUGAUUUGCCUCCUACUAAUAAUUGGGCAGUGAGAGGAAUGAUCUAUGCACCUAAGCUGCUUAAAGGACCACUAUAGUGCCCUGAGGGUGCCCCCACCCUCAUGGCCCCCCUCCCGCUGAGCUCUAGCAUGAGGAAGGGGUUAAACACUUAUCUUUCUCCAGCGACGGGCUCCCUCGGCGCUGGGGACUCUCCUCCCUCUUCAGCUGAAUGCGCAUUCAGUAAGUCCAUAGGAAAGCAUUCCCAAUACUUUCCUAUGGACGCUGGUGCUUUCUCACUGUGAUAAUCACAGUUAGAAGCGCAGAAGCGCCUCUAGCGGCUGUCAGGGAGACAGCCACUAGAGGCUGGAUUAACCCAUAUGUAAACAUAGCAGUUUCUCUGAAACUGCUAUGUUUACAGCAGUCAGGGUUAAUCCUAGAUGGAAGUAUUAGGUGCCUAUUGAGUUAAUCAAUAGUAAUUGCAGGACUCAGUGGAAAUGGAACUCAAGGAUAAAAAUAAGAUUGUAAAAAUAUAUUCAAUAAAUAAUAGGAUAUAAAUGUAUCAGCUGAUCGGAUCAAUGCCUCCCAUAUAGAAGGGUAGGAAAAAUCCGAAAUCGCUGAAGAAAUAAUCUAAUAAGGGUUCUAAAACACCAAUAUAAAAGAACCGAUACAAACUGUAGGUUAAAAUCCUUAAAAUGGUGUCAAUUAUAUGUAGCAGACAGAGUGCUUAAUAUAAAAGAUUUUAUUGGCACAUCAAUACUGUCAGUACAAUACAUAUUUAUAUUAUUGGUGUUUUAGAACCCUUACUAGAUUAUUUCUUCACCGAUUUCGGAUUUUUCCUACCCUUCUAUAUGGGAGGCAUUGAUCAGAUCAGCUGAUACAUUUAUAUCCUAUAAUUUAUUGAAUAUAUUUUUACAAUCUUAUUUUUAUCCUUGAGUUCCAUUUCCACUGAGUCCUGAAAUUACUGUUGAUUAACUCAGUAGGCACCUAAUACUUGUAUCGUCUUGCACCGUAGGUGGCGGUCAUUCUUGCAGUGACAUAGUGGUUAUGGUAGUUGCAUUUGGUCUCAUUAUCCAACUCUAGAGGUUAUUCACCACAGUUUCUGAUGUUCUGUUGUUUAUUAAUCCUAGAUGGACCUGGCCCCCCCCUGACCACUACAUUAAGCUGUAGUGGUCUGGGUGCCUAUAGUGGUCCUUUAAUUAAGCUAAAGUUGCAUUGAUGACAAUAGUAUCCCUUUAAUAGAUUUUAUUUCUUAGAAUAUCUCUGAAGAUCUAUCAAUUUCGGUGUCUGUAAGUCUUAAUAUGUACUGAGAAUUUUCACUAUCACAGUUAAAGUGAUACUCUGAGCAACAGAACCUCUACAAUCAUCAGUCUGUAGUGAUUACGGUACUAGAAACUGUUUCUAUUUCUCAACUAAAUUUGCAUGGUUUGUCUGACUUUACCUUAUCAGAACUUUAUUAUUUAAUGUGCUAAUUUUUUUGAAAAAUAUAUACUGUAGUGUAAGUUCCAGAGAAGUGAAAUUUUUUACCUUUUAAGCAGAACCCAAGCUUGUAAACAUAUAACGAUUUUCUAUCUUAAAGGACCACUAUAGUGCCAGGAAAACAUACUCGUUUUCCUUACACUAUAGGGUCUCUAGGUCCCCCCACCCUCUGGGCCCCCCUCCCGUCACAGUGAGAAGCGCGGAAGCGCCUCUAGCAGCUGUCAAUGAGACAGCCACUAGAGGCUGGAUUAACCCUAAAGUAAUCAUAGCAGUUUCAGAGAAACUGCUAUGUUUACAGCAAAAAGGGUUAAACCUAGAUGGACCUGGCACCCAGACCACUUCAUUAAGCUGAAGUGGUCUGGGUGCCUAUAGUGGUCCUUUAAUUGGGUUAAUAUAACUUCACAUUAACACUGUCUUCUAGAAUUGAAAACACCUAUGUGCCACCAGUAGCACAAUUAUUGACUGGAUUGGUUAGGUAAUCAAGCAUUCACAUUGCACAAUUCCACCUAAAAUAUAUUUCGGUGUAGCUAUAUAUACUGAUGGUUUUUAAUCACUUUCACAUUAUUUUGUAUAAAUGCUGACACUGUGUGGUUCUGUUUUUAAUGGAAACAAAUUAAUUGCAUUUUUGGAAUACACAUACCAAUCACCCAUUUUGAGUUGUGUAAAUAUUCUUGAAUUUUAUUCUUCAUAAUUUUCAAUGUACACUGCGUCCCCAAUCAAUUUGAAAAUCAAUAGUAAUAUAAGUUUGAGAAUUAACAACAGUUGCCCUCAUGCUUACCUGUAUUACUGUUUUUAUAUGUUGUCCAAACCAUACAGCAUACAGAGUUUUUCAGAUCAUUUCUCUUUGAUUAUCGUUUCUGUCUCCAUUUGAAUAGGAGUUUACAGAGUUUCGGAAAGAACGAGGUAACAUGCUUCUCUCUCGCAAGAACCAGCUCUUGCUAGAGUUCAGUUUCUGGAAUGAACCUAACCCAAGACAAGGCCCUAAUAUUUAUGAACUGAGGUCCUACCAGUUGAGAGUGAGUGUUUUACAAAAAAAAUCCUUUCUUACGUGCUAACCACAUUUAAUAAGAUUAUUAUAAUAUUAAGUUUAAGCUCAGAGACCGGAAGCAUUUCAGAAUGCGCUUGUAUAUACAUAUCUCUAGUUAAAGGAACACUCCAUUAAAAAAAAAAAUUGAAACAAGAUAUAUAAUUAGUAAAUAUACCCAUAAAGAAAAGCAUGCAUGUCAUUUGUUUGGAGUGUUUGUUUAAGACUGUACAUUGUACUCUAAUAUCUACAAAUGUUGGUUAUAAGGCUUAUAAAAAUAAAUAUAAUUACCAUAGACUUCUUUCUCAUAAACCAUGUAUUAACUUGAUUUAUUUUUUAUGCUAAUUGCAUAGUAAACCAAAUGCAUAGAAGCAGGGUUAGUUUAAAUAUGGAAGGAUACAUUGAUACACUCAUACUUAUAACAACAAAAUUAAAAUAGUUACAAAAACACACACACACACACACCAGAGAUAGCGCAUAACACCAGUUUUACAUUAUAACCAAUGAACAAAUGACCCCCCCCCCCCCUCUUAAAGGGGCUGUCUGUUCCACUGUGGUCAAAUUUUAAUGGGGCAUUCCUAGUACUUUCUGCAGUGUUUAUUGUCUAGAGUGCCCUGUUGCCAUCUUCUGUUUUGGUUUGAUUCUUUUACUAAUAAUUUGAUAUAAAGAGGCUAUUCCUGGCAUCUUCGGACCACUGCAUAUUUACAUUACCAGUUUCUUCCAACCUGGAUGAUAUUGAGAACCCCCAGCAUUGUCAAUUAAUGUCAUACCAGUUGGGGAAAUAUGAUUAUGAUAAUGCAAAAGUGUAAAAUCAACACUAUAUUAAAUUCUUCAAUUACACCAGGGAUUCUGCCAAGCCAUUCUAGGCAACAUAACCACAGCAGCAAACUGUAUUGGUUACAUUAAUUGGAGUGUUUUUAAAUCAUACCUUCCAAAAUUGGGAAGUAUCAAAUAAAAAAAAAUAAAAAAGUUGUAAGUUGGUGGGCAGGCAAUUAGAGAGUGUCACUGAUUAUGUCAGAAGGGGUUGGGCAAUUUGAAAAAGGGGGUGGACAUGUCAGGCGAGCCCCAAACAGUGAUGCCCAUGCACAGUGAGAUAAUAUAUAUAGAUAGAUAGAUAUAUAUAUGUGAAACAAGGGGUAUUAUAUAUAUAUAUAUAUUUAUUUAUUUUUCAGUGCAUCACUUUAUGUUGUGUAUGGUGGGCUAGCUUUCUGUUGACAUUUCCUUGUCCCCAAAGGUGGACAAGACCCCAAAUUUUAAAAAGCACCCACCAAAUCCAGGAUAGUUGUGCAAUAUGCAUUAAAAAAAAAAUAAGUUUAGUCACUAAAUAUCAAACCAUAAUGGACUGAAUUCCAAAUUGAGAAAUGUAGGAACAAAUAGCUGAAUUUUAAGCAGUCACUAAGUUGAAGACAUUUUCCAAUUGAACCAUUUUACAAAUUAAUGUGCUCUUUGCUUUACAGUGCAGUAUAAUUUUAUGUAUGAUGAAUAAACCCUAAGUGCUCUUAGAAAAAUUAAAUAUAGCAAGUCAGUUUAAAAAGAUUGACUUAAGGAUAAUAUUGGAAUAUUUAAAGGUACUUUUUUUUCUGCCACUAUAGCAACAGAUACAUUCAACAUAACUCCUCCUUUUAACGUCUGAUUUAAUUACAGAGCUAUUUGUGAUGAGGUUUCGGUUAAUGAAAAGUAAUAGGGUGAUUUUAUCUAAUAAACACAAAGUAUAUCGACAAGAAAAAUACAUUAAAAAAAAAAACAUAUAUAUGUUUUGAGGAAUCCUUGUUCUGUCUACUACAUUGCUUUUGAAAAGGGUAAACACCAUUUCAUUUAAUUUCCAUUUCCUUGCAUUACUUUACUAGGGGUGAGUGUGCUGGUUGUUUAUAUUUAGAUUUUUUUUCCUAAUGUUUAGUUUUUGAAAACGUGAUAUGCAUCUGUGUAGGUUAAAGAAACACUAUAGUGUCUCACUGCUCAUUAGUGGCAAGUGUAAAUGUUAAGCCCUGAUAUAAGUAGUCUGAGUCAGUAGAACCGUAAAUUGAUGAGUGAGAAUCAAAAGUUUUUGAAAGUGUACCAAUUCUACCGCCCUGUUUAGCACAGUGCAUACAUUGGAUGUCAACAUUUAGUUUAUGAGUGACUGCUUUCAGAUGUAUAUAUUUUUUUUAUUUUUUACUUUUCAAUUGUAAAUUAUGACUAAUGCUUGCUGUUUGAGCAAUAGACGAUGGUUAAUAUGAAAACCUAGAUGACCAAAGCCAGUAAUCUCCGGCUUUAGCUACACCAUGUACUCAGAAUGAUGCCCACACUUAUUACAAUUUAAUUAGAGGCAUCUUAAAACCUGCUAGAGGGCUGCAUAAAAUAAUCUGUUGAAUAAAACCUGAGUCACAGAAAUGAAUUGCUUUAAAAUAGACAAUAAUACAGGAAUUAGUCAAGAGGGCAAGCAUCCUUUCCAGAAAGCUUCUUAUUAGUGCUGUCCUCGAAAUACCUUUCUAUUGUGCCACAUGGGACAUGCUUUUUUUCUUUUCCAGCCUGGAACCAUGAUUGAAUGGGGGAACCACUGGUAAGAAUAUCACCCACCAUUAGAGUUGUAAUGAUAAUGGAGCUAAUAAAGGCUUGAUUAUUAAUUUCGUAAUAAUUGAUUUAGCAGAUAGUUUUUUUUGUUAAAUUAAUGUAAUGCAGAAACGUGUGUUUUGCUUUUGUUUGUUUUCUUCCGUCUUCCUUACUAAUGCAAAAUAAUUUCUCUAACACCCAUCUAUGCAAUUUGCAACACAUUCAAGUAAUCUAGUAAUAUUUGCAUUAGUCAGCGUUCUGUAUAUUUUUAAAUGGAUUAAACCAAUUUCCCAUGUAUUUCUAAUAAUUGCUCUUUUUUCAUUUAUUGGUACAUAAUUGCAUUAUUUUAAGUUCUCCUGUAUGAAUGCAUUUGAAGUCAGCAUUUGCUGUACAAACUAUAUAUUUUUUUUUUUAAUGAAAAUGUUAACGUCACUGUGGAGGCCAAAAUCCCCAUUAUGAACAGUAUGCACUUUUUGUAUUUGUGGCAGAUAAACUGAACUUUAAUACAUUAACCAAGGAAGCUCCGUUUAUUUUCCAUCAAGUGUUUCGCUAAUAUGCUAAGAGAACUUGGUUACUGCAAUUUACAUAUCCCAGAUUUGUUCCUUCACUUUGUUGAUCGUGUGGCCUCUGUAACACUUUAACAUCUCCUAAUAUGGCAAAGGAGCAUGUGCAUAAAUUCCUUAAUGAAUGAUAACAUGCCAUAUAAUGAAGAAGCAUAUAUGUUAUGAUACAGUUGCAAAAUAAAAGUAGUUAAUUGUUCUGCAGAAUUUAUAUAGGAUUCUGGCUACCUGCCUGUCUCAAGUGGUCGGUAACCUCUAUAUACUGUUAAAUGUAAAAUACUAUAGCGGUUUCGUACUAUGCGUACAGAUGUUUUAUUGCUGUUUUUAGUGUAGAACAAAGAAAUCCUUGUGGAAAGCAAUGCCAUAUAGCCUAAAGAAAAAUCAUAAUUAGUGGCUUACUUUAUUUAUUAAAAUCAGUGCUAUUUAUUGAGUUUUACACACUUUUAAUCAUUAUUCGCUAUAUCGCAGUAGGUAGACCCCUCUUAGAUCAGGCAUAGACUCUACCAAUGAGGAGCCUCUUAUGUUUCUUGUUUGUUUUAAUCCCUUGUUUUCAGGCUAUUAAUAGUCCCGUUCACAAUUAUGUGAACCACGUUGUGUGUGCAGUGAUCAAACAAGUUGCUGCCAGCACACAACCAUGGCCACAGGGUGGACAUUCUGCAGAGCUAGGGGAUAGAUAUCUGUCCAAGUUGCACCUAUGAUGGGUGGGUUCAUGCAACACACAAGUCCAAAAGCAAAUUGAUAUAAUGUUGUUGUGGAGCUUAGAGUAACCCUUUAAAGGCAAGGAUUAUGUCCUUUUGUAUUGAUAUACCAUAUUUAGACCCUGACAAUAUGGUUUUUACACUCACUGCUGUAACUGACACUUUUGUUUAAAUUCCAAUUUAAAUUAAUCCUCAUCCCUUUCUACUAGGUAUUCUACUAGUAGCAAUUCGGUAUACUAUAUUAUUGAUAGCACAGCAUUUGCAGCAAUAAAUUCCAGUUUUAAAGUGUAUUUUAAUUAGUAAAGAAACGUUCACAAUAUGUUGCUAAUGGCCCUUUGACUACCCUCAUCUUGAAGGGAUUAAUCUAAGCACCAUGACAACUACAGCUUGUUAUGGGUUACGUUCUGGUACUGGAUAGUUAAUCUGAAAGUAAAGAAAGCUCAAUGGACUUCUCAAGGUAAGAUUAUAUGGACAGCCCCACCAUAACCUCUACAGAAAGUUACAAUAUGCUUUGAGUGUCUCUUUAAAGGAAAACUCUAAGCGACCUAGCCACAACAUGCUGUAACUGUUAUGAUGCCAGGAGUCCACUAGUGUUGUCUCAUGGUAAGCUGUCAUCAGUUCUGAAUGCUUUUACACAUACCUAGCUUUCUGGUCCUUCCAGACUGCACGGAUUUACCAAAGGGGAGAUUCAUACUUCAUUAUUUGCAUACGAACAUUAGACAUUAUUCACUGAUAGGUAGUGUCAUUUGAUAAUCAUGCUGGACUAUGGGCACCAAACAAAGCCACGUAAGUGUCAAACUGUUUGUAAAUGAUUUGAGAGCUUGCCAGAAGGAGUCCUUCCAUUAUAACAAUGCUUUCAAUCAUUUACCCUUUUUUAAAGGGCAGAUUACAUUGUAGUUAGAUCCACAAUCUCUAUAUGUACACGUUUAUUUCUGAAAAUAUCCUGUGCUUUAUGAAAGGCUCAAUUCAGUGAAUAUAAUCUAGGAAAAAAUGCAGUCAUACUUCAUUGAAGAAAAUCUUUUACUGUAGGAUUUUGGAUAUUAACAUUCUUUAACAUAUCACAUUUUUGUGUGUAUUUUAACAGUUUAUUGUACCACUAACCAAAUAGCAUGGACCUUGUUGACUGGCUUUUUAUUUAUUUUGUUGUGUGAAUGUCUUGUCUCGCCCAAAUCAACUCCAACUCUACUGAGAUCAAACAGAAAGUAAUUAAAAAGCAACAGAUAUUAUUUUAGAUCUUAAAAGGCAGGAUUGUGCCUUCACGCAAUUUCAAAACUAUUUGUAGGUAUAACUGCAUGCUAUACUUUUUCUAGAUUUCACUUUAUCAGUUUGAUAUGGCUUUUUCUUUUUUUCCCGUGACCUAGGGCCCGUGCCAUAAGGUAUCGACAGGACGGUAGUGAAGCAGUGGCUGGAUUCUUUUCACAGAUUGGCCAACUGUACAUGGUUCAUCAUCUGUGGGGUAAUUAUUAAAAAAAAAAAAAAAAAUUGAAACAUUUUCUCAAUUUUUCUUCAUCACUGAUUUCUGUAUUUAUGGUAUAAUUACAUCAUAUCAAAGCAGUAAGGCCAGUUUUGACUCUGUUCAGUAAACCUGGUGCACUGUAGUCAGAGUGGCCAUCUCCACAUAAUGAAAAAAUAACCAUGCUUUAUUCACAAAGUGUUGUGAGUACAGUAUUGAAGUCUAUGGAGGAUUCUGUGUGACCACAGGUUCCUCCAUAGACAAAGCCAAUCCCCUGCAGCCAUUACUGGUGACAUUUGGGAGAUUUUGGGAGACACUUCUAGAAGGUGGUAACUCCGGCCAAUGUGCUUAUAAGUUUCAGGCGUAGGAAAUAUACAGAGACAAAGUGAUCCCUACUGUGUCUCAGUGUAUCUCUUGCCUAGGUUGGAAUUUCAAUAUAAUUUCAACAUCGUCAAUAUGAGUAUUUCAUAAAGAUUCUAAUACUCAUUUCCCGGGGAGGGGCGGGAGUUUGCUUUGGUGCUUGUAUUUCAUAUGGACAAAUCACUUUAUUACAGGAAACCAGCAGAUGUACACACAUUAAAGCUAUCUGCCUAAAUGAAAGUCACAUCAGAAGAGUAGGUGGAUAAGGGUGGAUAAAAUUUAAUUUCUCUCCUGCUUUAUUAACCUGCAAAGUAUACAUCAUUAAGUAUGAUGAUUGUCUACCAUGUUGAUGGUAGUGAAAUGUCCCUUUAAGUAGAACAAAAAAAUAAGCUUGACUUAUUUAACAAUGAUCAACUGUAGGCAUUCUGAAGCAGUGAAUAUAGUAACCCUUUAAUUUUUACAUCCCGCACUAAAUGUUUUUCAAGUAGAUUGGUAAAUAUGUAAUACAAUGGAACAUUUAGUCAUAUUUAUUAAACUCUUGUUUCAAUAGCUUACACUGAUUUACAGAGCAGAGACGAUAUCAGGAAUUCUGCCUGGCAGAAAGAUGGCUGGGAUGAAUGUGUCUACUAUACAGGUAAUAGAGUUUUUAUAUGCCCUUGUCUGAUUUUAGAGAAAGCCCUUUAUGUACACUAUGGGUGUUUUUGUAACAACUAAACACCAGUUCAAAUUUAGUUCAAAUCAAUUGCCGCUGGCAUGAUAUUUAAAAGCAAUGUAAAACCUGCUGUGACAACUUAAAAGGAUACUCUUCACAAAUAUUAAAAAUAUUUACUAUUUAGUAGAUAUGUCCUAAAUGCAAAUAUUUCUGCAUUUACAUAUGCAUUUUAUCAUUGGGUGUGUAUCUAAAAAAAACAGCAUGUGAAAGCUGUAGAUCUCUGUCUGCAGCUUUUGCAAGCUCUACCCUUCUUGCCCAAACCUCCUGUGGCUGCCUUAUUAAAGACUUCACAAUGCAGCUCAAUGAGAAGUCUUUGCAAGGCAUGUGCUCUGGGCAAUUGCUGCCUCUUAAAGGACCACUAUAGUACCAUGAAAACAUACUCAUUUUUCUGGCUCUAUAGGGUCCUUGGGCCCCCCUCCCGCCGGGCUCUAGGAUGAGGAACGGGUUAAUCCCUUACCAUUUUUACAGCGCUGGGGACUCUCCUCCUUCUUUCCCUGUCAUCGGCUGAAUGCGCAUGCGCGGCAAGAGCCGUGCGCGCAUUCAGUCAGUGAAAAUCACAAUAAGAAGCGCAGAAACGCCUCUAGCGGCUGUCAAUGAGAGCCACUAGAGGCUGGAUUAACCCAUAUGUAAACAUAGCAUUUUCUCUGAAACUGCUAUGUUUACAGCAGAAAGGGUUAAUCCUAGAUGCACCUGGCACCCAGACCACUUCAUUAAGCUUAAGUGGUCUGGGUAGUAUAUCUCCACUGAGCUAAAUAAACCAGGAAGUAACAGGACCAUGUCUAAUUGACAGCCAGGUGGAAGUAGCAAGGUUAAUCUACAAAAGUGACAAUUUGCAUUGAAAGCUGCACUUUUUAUAAAAUGAAAAGAGACACUCUCACAUAAAGCACAUCAGUAAGCUAAAGUUAGGAGUAUUAUUUUAAUAGUUCUUUACUUUUGAUUUCUCAUCACCAUGCAAUCCCUUUCUUACCAUUUGGGAUUUGUUUAAUGCCACCAUUAGUGGUUUCUUUGUUGAAAUUAGUUAGGGGAUUCUUUGUUAAAGUUAGUGUCGAACCCAUAGAUAUUUAGGUACUGUGACGUAGUGGUGGGCUUAACACAAUAUGGCCAUAUAGUGUAACUGAAUUUCCAUAAAUGUUUGCUAAUGUAGGUGAUUUUAAGUAGCCUUGUAAAAUUUAAAGCUGUAUUUUUGUGUGUGCGUCUCCAAAUCUAUAAAUUGGCUAUCAAAAUAAGCCUCCCCUGUUGACACCUUUGGUUUGGAUAGGGCCCAGUUAUCCCAAUUUUAGAGGAAAAAGAGAGAUGUCUCUUAACACUACUUCCAAUAAGAUUCAAUGACAGAACACAUUAUUCCUAAUUCACCUUUGCUCUGUCAUGGGGCUGCACCAGGAAACUCACUACACAUGGCUUUACUUUUGAUAUUGCAAAAUACUCAUUGCAUUGUAUGCUCCUCUUUGUUAAAUAUCAAAAGUAAAGCCAUGUGUAGUGAGUUUCCUGGUGCACACACACAUACAUCUCAUUUCUGAUGGCAGUCCUGAGCAGAACAACUAUAAUUAGAGUAGAGUAGUUUUUUUAACAAAGAGGAGGAUAUAUAUAUUUUACACAAGAUCCAGGGCACUCGCCUAUCCACUAAACAGCAACUUCAAUGUUGACAGAUUUUACUUUUUUUAUUUAUUUAUUUUUUUUUUUUAAUCUAGGCAAAAAUAAUGGGGGUUUAGUUACUAUAUAAACCCCUAUAUAUAUUAACUAAACCCCCAUUAUUUUUGCCUAGAUUAGGUUGGGUUUUUUUUUUGGUUUUUUUUUUUUUUUAAAGUAAUAAAAUCUGUCAACAUUGAAGUUGCUGUUUAGUGGAUAGGGGAGUGUUCCACUACUCUUUACUGUGGCCUUUUGUAAAACACUAUCUUUUGGUUUCAAGGUGGGGGGUAAGUCUCCUUUCAGAGGGAAGAACCUCAGCAAGCUAUUAUCACAUUCCUUUCCGGUUGCAGCAUAUUCUAUUUGGUAUUCCAAUACCUUUAAGUUUACAUACAUUUUUGCUGAAAUACAACAUGGCACACAGCAAACAUUUUUUUUUUUUUUUGCUGUGCAAAGGUUAAAAAGCAGUCCUGCAUUGCCACAAUAGCAUUUACAGGUAGGUUAAAGCAGACAGGAUCAUGACAUGAGAUAGUACUGCACAAUUUUUGAAUUAAUAAAACCUGCUUAUGCAGGGUAUGUCAGUGAAUAGAUAAGAAAAAGUCAUAGUGUUAAAGCAGGGUACAUAUCCUUGCAAUUUAGUUACGAGAGACAUAUUAACUUGCUAGGUAAACUUUGCUUAGGAAAGUAGGAUACAAACAAAGAGUGGACUGUAAGCAAAGAGUGUUCAGAUGUCUGCUUUGAGUGUCAGGAUGUGGCCUCUGGAUAGCGGCCGUCCCUCCGACGCCUGACAGGCUGGAUGGCCUCAGCAGGUGAGGGGAGUGUAUUCCGGUGCAGGAAAGUACAGAGUCCAAUAACAAUCGAGUUGCCAGGUUCCCCACUAUGUGAUGAGUAACAGCUUGGAGCAGAAAACUGUAUUUUAGCAGAGAGAAAGCUUAUUUAACAGGUGUUUCUCAGGAGCUCAUCUUGCAUGCGUCCACUACUUGCCAGUCAUGCUCAGCCCCAGCAAACAUUUUUUUAAACCAUGAACACUGCAUAGUUGUUUUAACAUUAUAAGUUACAUGGCUUGAAGACUGUUUGUUGUUGUUUUUUUAGCGUAAUGCACUGAAAACAAAAAACUGUUUUGAUCAUGUCUGCUAAAUUGGUAUAACUCCUCUAAUAAUUGUUUGUGUGUUAGUUCCCCUCAUACAGGAGAUGGAGUCCAGAAUAAUGAUCCCUUUGAAGAUCUCUCCGCUUCAGUAAUGUACAUGGUGACCUUCUUGUGUGUCAGUGGGGAAAAAGUGGCAAACCUUAUUGUGGAUUACUUCAGCAAUGAAUGUCUCUAACGUCCAAGAAAUAUUUGUAUUUCCGUAAAUCAAUAGUACUUUAAUUCUGCUCUUAGAAAUUCCUAGCAUCAAAGCAUCAUGAUCAGUUUUCAUAUCUCUAUAUGUGCAUUUUGUUAAGUAGACAUGUGCAAAAAAGUUUUUCAGCUGGUACAAAUGAAUCAAAUCCCUUUUAACCUGUGCCCAACCCAUCGGGUUUUACAUGUGGAGUCUUCUUCAUUGAAUAAGAUUCAGCAGAUAAAUCCUGGAUAGAUCGAUUUGUUCAGGUGCAGAGUAAGAGGCAUUAAAUUCAUUUGUACCAUCAGAACACAUUUGUGCACAAGUCUAGAAAUAAUCACUCUUUUAAUGGAUUUGUAUCUUCCGUGAGUACCGCUGUCACACGCAUCACAUCUAAUAUUUGCCAGUAAAGAAUGCAGCAUAUUUUCAAAAACCUUAAAGGAACGCUCCGUGCACCAUAACUGCUUCAGCCUGCUACAGUAGUUAUGAUACCAAGAGUUCUCUGUUUCUUUUUGUAAUUAUGUCAAACCACUUUAGAAUAGUAUAACAACUAAGCUGUGCUGAGACGCUGCUUGGCAAUGCACCUCACUUGAGCACUCUGAGCCAAUGAGCAGGUGAGGUGUGGGCAAAACGGUUUGACAAAUCACACUGGGAUGGCACCAGGGCAUGUGUAUAGUGCAACAACAUGGUCUCAAAAGCUUUGUCUAGCAAAAGGAAAAUACUGAAAUAGAAAUUAAUUCUAAGAUUUAAUGCAAUUCACUGCUUCAUUUACAAGAUGCAUGCCAUGGUGCAUAAACAUACCAGAAAAACUCAAAAUAUAUUGUACGUUGCAUUUUGUUUAUAUGAGAGGAGAAAGCUUUCUCAAAAUCAUGUUUGUAAACUUAAUAAUUAUGUUGCAUUUGGAUCUGAGAAGUUUCAUUAACUAUGAUUUAGUAAAAACAUGUUUUCAUUAUCUGAAUGCUUCUAGUUGACAUAACCCCACUGCAGUUCUAUCGCAAUAUGUUUGACCACUUAAUUCAAAGCAAUGUAAUGCAUACCCAGCUAUUUUAAGAGUGGCAUACAUCACAAGGUGGUUUAGCAUUGAAGAAUCCCUAGCAAUAAAGCCUAUUUAGUAUGGAACUCUCUAGAGUAUGUUUCAGCAACAUUGCAAGUUUUUUUACCAUUGUCGAUAACCUGCAGCUCACGAGCGUUUAAUAAACUAAAAGACCCACAUUCAGCUGGUGAAGAAUCAUGUGAUUUAUAGUAAAUACACAGCAAGAAAACCAUGUAUUGCCUACCCCUGAUUCUAGCUAUCAUCAACAAAUAAUUAAAAGAACACACCGGGCACUAUAGCAUCAACUACUGGGAUUGUUAGGAUGUCAUAAGUACCCUCCGCCUCCUAUAAGUAGUCACAGGUUUUGAACAAUUUGGCUUCUUACAUGGUGUCUGCAAAGCGCUGCUUACCACACCACCAUCAUUACUUCCAUAGGAGAGGCAGAAACUCCCCAGUUAGUUCCUGAGCUAAACCUUGUGAGUAGCUCAUUGUCUGAGAGUGUCAGGUAGAGUUUUUUUGCACUCUGAUGGAAGUAGUGAAGGCAGGGUGUGGUUCCUGGCAGACUCCAGGUAAGAAGUCAAACUUCUAAAAUGUUUUAAUUACUUACAAUGGAAGGUGCAAGACUAUUCCUGGCACCAUUCAACACACUGUAGUAGUGUCCUUCUAAAGGCAAACACUGCAUCUCAUUGACCUAGUUAUACUGCCUGGAGUACUUUCCUUCUGUUCAGUGUUAAUGCUAAACAAGAAUUUAAAGCAGCCCCAUCCCCUCUGUGUUGCUUUGGCUAAUAAAACACUCUCAUGAGCAGUAGUGGACAGCAGUGAUUGGCUGAGAGUGUCAGACAGCCCUAGCUGGUAUGACUUGGCAUAGAUAAGGAAGAGUGUCUUAAUCAUACCUCCAGUGGAGGCUGGGCUGUGGGUGGCCAGGCACACUCGUUCAUUGAUGACCCUUAAAUUGAGGGACAGUGCCAGGGGACUCCAGGCACUAUAACCAGUUCAAUGAGAUAAUGGUUAGAGUGCCUCCAGUGCUGCAGAAAUGUCUAGAGAAUGUAAAACUGUAAUUUUUUAAGUGUUGGCAAAACGUAAAUGUCCCAGUCUGUACUUUAACAUAUAAUUUAAUCUGAGUCUACAAUGUCUUUAUCUGAUUUUCAAAGAUUAGGUAUGUUUCUGUCAAGUAAGUUUGGUUUCGGGUUAUUAGUGUUUUAGGAGUAUACAAUUCUCUCAUAAUUGCUAUCAUUAAAAAUAGAUAUGUCAUAAUAAAAAUCCAGCAGCCAAGCACUUGAAAUAUAAAUGGUAAAUGCAUCUUAUUUUGCUUUGCCAUCUGUCUUUUUAUUUUAAGUGUUAGAAAAAAAAAAAAAAAUAGGUCAAUACUGUAUGCUGUUACUACAUGGAAUUAUUAAAUGCAAUGUCUUUUGCCCUAUGCAUAAAGAAAUAAAAUCUCCAAGGAAACAUUUGUACAUGUUACAUUAUAAUAGGUCAUAUUGGAAUACAUAUAUUUACAUGUCGGUUUUCUGAUAUACUAUAUAAAUAAAUGUAAUUUCAUUUGAA